GGACGCGGACAGCUUUACGGCAGGCAGGGGGUGGGGGCUGCCGGGGUAAGGAGGGGAGAAGGAAGCAACCAACCAACCAAGUGGCCCCCACCCCGCACCCCCACCCACCCAGGCCUGGUUUACGGCUCCGGGCUCAGGCUCCAGGGCGGCCGCUGAUUGGUCGAGGAAGGCUUGGUCCCAUCCCAGUGACCCCAAAGUGCUGAAGGGAGGGGGCGGGGGUGGCCCGGUGCAAAGUGCAUCCCGAAAGCCCCCUGUCCGGCGACCCCGCCGCCGGCCCUGCGGCCCCCUGGUGACCCGGUGCCUCGCUGUCCCGAGCCCUCCCGAGUCCUUCCGUAGCUGGAAGCCUCCGGCCCGGAGCGCGGCAGCCCCCUGCUCGGAGCUCCUGGACCGGGACUGCCCCCCCCAACCCCACACACACACAGCCGAGCCGGGACUUCCUCCCUGCACCCCGGUCCCGGGGCCGCCUGGAUGCUCUGCGGGUGGGGGCCGUGAGGCAGCGAGGAGGCACCCGGGGCCGGCCCUGCCUGGGGGUGUUUCUUCAAUGGAGAAGUUGGUGAGUGUGGCGGAGGCUGAGAGGGGGCAGAGACGCGACAGCUGAGCAGACAGGUUGGAGCUGGCUGGGGAAGACACGCGCGAGCUGACCGGGGUCUGCCCACCUACCCCCCGGAGAAGCCGCGGGCUGUGAGCCUGUGACCAGCGCCCCUCAUCCAGGCUGGGCCCCACUGAACAUCUCCCCACCAUGCUGUAUGUGCACCAUGGUCCCUAGGUGUCCACAGCUCAGAAGAAGGGACGCUCUUCCACCAGGCUGAUCCCUGGGACCUCAUGAACCCUCUGUGACAAGCGGACUCAGCUAGGAUGUUACACCACCACUGUCGAAGGAACCCUGAGCUCCAGGAGGAAUUGCAGAUCCAGGCCGCCGUGGCCGCCGGGGAUGUUCACACGGUACGGAAGAUGCUAGAGCAAGGCUACUCUCCGAACGGCCGUGACGCCAACGGCUGGACCCUGCUGCAUUUCUCCGCCGCACGAGGGAAGGAGAGAUGCGUGCGAGUCUUCCUGGAGCACGGAGCUGACCCCACAGUGAAGGACUUGAUCGGCGGCUUCACUGCACUUCACUAUGCUGCCAUGCACGGCCGGGCCCGGAUCGCCCGCCUCAUGUUGGAGUCCGAGUACCGGAGCGACAUCAUCAACGCCAAAAGCAACGAUGGCUGGACCCCGCUGCAUGUGGCCGCACACUACGGGAGGGACUCCUUUGUGCGGCUGCUGCUGGAGUUCAAGGCCGAGGUGGACCCGCUCAGUGACAAGGGAACGACGCCCCUGCAGCUUGCCAUCAUCAGAGAGCGGUCGAGCUGCGUGAAGAUCCUCCUGGACCACAGUGCCAACAUCGACAUCCAAAACGGGUUCCUGCUGCGCUACGCUGUCAUCAAGAGCAACCACUCCUACUGCCGCAUGUUCCUCCAGAGGGGCGCCGACACAAACCUGGGGCGCCUGGAGGACGGGCAGACCCCUCUGCACUUGUCCGCCCUCCGAGACGAUGUGCUGUGCGCACGGAUGUUGUACAGUUACGGAGCGGACACGAACACGAGGAACUACGAGGGGCAGACCCCGUUGGCUGUUUCAAUAAGUAUUUCUGGGAGCAGUAGACCGUGUUUGGAUUUCUUACAAGAAGUCACAAGACAGCCCAGAAACUUGCAGGACCUGUGCCGAAUUAAAAUUCGACAAUGUAUAGGCCUUCAGAACCUAAAGCUACUUGAUGAGCUACCGAUUGCCAAGGUCAUGAAAGACUACUUAAAACACAAAUUUGAUGAUAUCUGAUCCAUCAGAACUGUGAGCAAGAUUAGGAGUUCUAUUCCAGAUACUCUAAAAAAAAGGCUUUUUGCCUUGCACAAAGUAUAUCCUAUGCAAUUUCUGAUUGCUGUGAAGGUCAGAAAGCAGGCAUACGCUGUUAGGUUUUUUGUUUGUUUGGUUUUCAUUGUAGGGAAGGGAUUUUUUUUAUGUAUAUGUAUACACACACACACACACAC